UUAUUUAAAAGCGCGAUGAAACUCUUUGGUCAGGGAAAAGACUUUUCAGUGAGUGUGACAGCAAAUGAAAAACAGGCCUCUGGAUUUUUGAACCUCUUUAAAACCCAAGUGAAUAAAGAAGGACCACCAAACUUAGAAAAGAAUGGUGAUAAAAAUAGGAAGAUAACAUCUCAGGAAAAGAAUGAAUCUUCUGGUGUUUCAAAUUUUUUUGGUACCCUUAGGGAUUUUUUAAAAACCGAUGUAUCUCCUACACAGACAGCUGAAAAUAUGUCUGUGUCUUCAGUGACUAAAAAGGAUGAGGUGAAGUCAAGUCCUAAUCUCACACAGCUAACUGGCCAGGAUGUUGGGAACUUUCCUGUUGCACCAGUUUCCUCUAGAGGGAAGGUUCGGGCUAGAAGUCUGACUAAGCAGACUACCAUUGAUGACAGCGGGCUAAAGGAACCAUCAGCUACAGAUAUCCAGGGUAAUAAUUUGACUGAAGAAGCACCCUUCAGAGACUACCUAAUCCUGCAGUCACCAAAUCCAUCUUUCUCAACAAGUUGUCUCACAGAUUCUUCAGCAGCAACUAGUGGUAUAUCUACAGUGACAGGAGUUUCAAGAAAUAAUAAAAUACCUUUUGAUAUUCUAAGCAGAAAACAUUUAAAUGAACAAGAUCAUUUUUCUGACAAAGACUGGAGUUUUUCAACUGUUACAACAUCUCCAUCCCAACCAGAGUUGCCAACCAGAAACAGUAUAUUUUCUUUCAUAACUAGAUCUGAAAAAUCUGAGAACAGAGCCUCUGCUACUCUACCAAGAACCAAGUCUCAAGGGGAAAGGCUAUUCACACUUCCUUCCUUUUUUUCCACUACUAAUUCAAGUAUCAAGAAGGAUGCGCCUCAUACUAGCUCUUUUAGUUUCUUCAGUUUGUCCUUUUUGGAUGAAAAACAGCAGACUCCUGGGGAAAAGCAUAGCCUUUCAACUGUUGCGCCAGUGACUUCCCAGCCCUGUAAGAAGCCAACUGUUUUUGUAGACUUGGGUGGCACAAUAACUGGAGAAGGCUCCAAUGGCAGUGGAGAUAGCACAGUCCAGGAGGUAGUUCAUGAACAGCAGAUGGCUCCUUGUGUUUCCAUUAGCAAUACCACUGAGGUUACAUCCCUUGAAGAUGAGCUCAAUGUAGGGAAGGACUAUCAAGGAAAACUAGGUUCCACUAAUGGAUCAGGGCUACCGUUAGCAGAUUUCCAGAUGAAUCAGUUACAGAAGGACGUUGUUUCUCAUUCACCAGGAUUUCAGGCACAGAAUGAAACACUGUUCAUUGGUCCUGAGACCCUGGGGGUAGCUCCUCAAGAAGAGGAUUUCAUACAGGAAGCCUCCCCCAGUGGCUCACUGGCCAGGUCUUUUUCUCAUGAUAGCCAUUUAAUUGAAAAGCUCAACAAUUUAGACACUUGUACUAACCACCACCAAAAUGAAAGAUUUGCUAGUGACCCAUUGAACUUGCCAUUAGAAAAGGCCUCUGAUGAGGUGUUAACACAGACCCAGGAGCCAACCUCUUCGUCUGCGGAGCCAGGGUGUGCAAGGCACCUCCAGAGCCAAGAUGCAGAUAAAGAAGAAGAGAAAUCAGUGGUGGGCACUUCAGUAGAAAUACUUUCAGGGUUUGUGACCAAAGUGAAAUCUUUCUCUGGGAGUUUAAUUGAACCUCCCAAAACUUUCUCUGGAUUUUUCUCCUGUCCUAAACCUCCAAAGAAAGACUCCUUUUUUUCUCUGUCUUCUGGUACAUCAUUUCAGUCACGCAAAGGUGAGUUAUUUGGAAUUUUCCAAAGUCCCAAACCAGAGGCAUACAAACAAGAAUCAUCUAUCUCAGCUACUGCAUGGCUCCAAAGUGGUAGUUCCAGAGACACUGUAGGAUCAGUACCUCCAGAAAAUUUGUGGAGAGAAGCUGCGCCUGUAGCAUUCGAUUCAGAAUUUACUCUCAGUGACUGUAGAAUGACUGUGGUUAGUGCAGAGUCAGAUUCUGAGACUUUGACAGACGAUCCUAAACUUACAACUGCAAUGGAAAACAGUAUUCCUGAUGAUAUUCCCAAACCCCAGGGUUCUGAAACAAUUGGGGCUGCAUCUUCUGUCUCACGGGACGAUACUGGACAAGGAGUAUUGUCUCUGAGUGAUGAAGGAGACAUGGGGACGCUGCAGGGCACAGACACAGAAGCAUCAUUUGAAACAGAGCAUAUUUCAUUGCCACCACAGUUGCAUCCAGAUGCUACUGGCAUUGCCAUAGAGCUUCCUCCUCCAAUUCAGCCUCCUCUUCCUCUUGAGCCAAAGCCAGCUAUGCAGUCUGCCUUUCCAAGCCAAGACUUCUUAGAGCCACAGGCAGACAAUUCACUAGAAACCAAUACUACUACACUGUUCAGUGAGACAAGUUUCAUUGGCCAGAGUGCCACACUGGAAACCCAAGGAUCCCUUUCUCACCCUCUGCUGGAGGAACCUGUACUGUGUGCUAAAGAAAGUUAUGGGAUACUUGAUGCUCAGAAAGAUCCCCCUGCGGUCCCCCAGGAAGCAGAGCAGCCAAGAUCACACUUUGAGAUCCCAAACAUGACCAAUUGGCCAAAGCUUCGUUUCCCGUCCUCUGCUGCUGACUAUGGGAAACCACUGAGCUCUUUCUUUUCCUCUCCUUCCUCCCCUGGCAAUAGAGCAGCAGAGACUGGUUUAAUAUCGGGUUUUAGGAAAUUGUCAACUCUAUUUGAGGGAGGUAAUGAUCGGAAAGGGAGUGUAGUGGCAAGUGAUCCCAAACUAAGGUUUGGGAAGAAGCUGGAUCUUCUAUUCCCAUGGCCAAAAGGGGACAAAGCGGGUUCUGAACAAAUGCCUGCAGAAACCCCCUCUCCAGUUUUGGUUAUCAGCAGUGAUCAGGACCUUAUCUCUAGUGAGGCUGACAAAGUUUUGGAGUCUUCUCAAAUGUCUAGGGCCAGUGCUGAGCCAGCUAAGGUCUCUACUCAGCCCGCUGGGACCUCUGAGCAGCUGGAGGCCAAGCCAAGUAUAUGUACUCAUGGGCUUUCAGGACCUGGAGAAGUGGAAAACCAGCAGGAAAUCACAGCAUCUGGAGAACACUGGGGUACCACAGGCAACCUCUCUGGCCCCACCUGUCCUUCAGGAAGUCAUGAGGAAGAGCACUGCACUGUCUCUGAGCUACUUCACCAGCCAGAAACACAAGAAGAGGAGGCGGUGCCCACUCGCACUGACUCUGUUUUGAAUGUACAGCAGCCAGUUACCCUGCAUGGCAUCAAGGAACCAAAGAUCAGCAAAAGCCCCACCAGCAGUAGUAGGUAUGGCUCCUCCUGUAAUGUGAGCCCAGGAAGCUCUCAGCUGAGUGAACUAGACCAAUGUCACGAACAAGAUGAUGACUGUCGGGAGAGGGACUCGAUUCAUUCCUGCCGCAGCUCUGGCAGCUUCUCCAGAGAUGGCCAAGCGGGUUUUGGAGAACAAGAGAGAGGCUUGGAGGUGACAGGUGAAGAAGAGAAGGGGAGAGCAUGUGAACCCAAGGAGAUGAAAGAAGAUGUCACAACUCAUCCUCCCCCAGAUCUGGUGCUACACAGAGACCACGUCCUAGGCCCCCAGGAGAGUUUUCCUGAGGAGAAUGCAUCUUCACCAUUUACCCAAGCCAAAGCACACUGGAUCCGGGCAGUUACCAAGGUUCGACUCCAGCUGCAGGAGAUUCCAAAUGAUGGCGACGACUCUUUGCCCCAGUGGCUCCCGGAAGGGCCAGCUGGAGGACUCUAUGGCAUUGACAGCAUGCCAGAUCUACGCAGGAAGAAGCCACUGCCACUUGUCAGUGAUCUGGCAAUGUCAUUGGUCCAAUCCCGGAAGGCAGGGAUUACUUCUGCAAUGGCUACGCGCACCUCUCUCAAGGAUGAAGAGCUGAAAUCCCACGUGUAUAAGAAAACCCUGCAGGCCUUAAUCUACCCUAUCUCGUGCACCACGCCCCACAACUUUGAGGUCUGGUCAGCCACUACCCCAACCUACUGCUAUGAGUGUGAAGGCCUGCUCUGGGGCAUUGCCCGGCAGGGCAUGCGCUGCAGCGAGUGUGGAGUCAAGUGCCAUGAGAAGUGCCAGGACCUGCUGAACGCCGACUGCCUGCAGCGAGCUGCGGAAAAGAGCUCUAAACAUGGAGCUGAGGAUCGGACCCAGAACAUUAUCAUGGCCAUGAAGGACCGCAUGAAGAUCCGAGAACGGAAUAAGCCAGAGAUCUUUGAAGUUAUCCGGGAUGUCUUCACUGUGAGCAAAGUUGCCCAUGUGCAGCAGAUGAAAACAGUGAAGCAGAGUGUGCUAGAUGGCACCUCCAAAUGGUCGGCCAAGAUUACCAUCACUGUGGUGUGUGCCCAGGGCCUACAAGCCAAGGACAAGACAGGAUCCAGUGACCCUUAUGUGACUGUGCAAGUGGGCAAAACCAAGAAGCGUACCAAGACCAUUUUUGGGAACCUGAAUCCUGUUUGGGAGGAGAAGUUCCAUUUUGAGUGCCACAACUCUUCUGACCGUAUUAAAGUACGUGUGUGGGAUGAAGAUGAUGACAUCAAGUCGAGAGUAAAGCAGCGGCUAAAGCGAGAGUCUGAUGAUUUCCUUGGCCAAACCAUCAUUGAGGUUCGGACACUGAGUGGCGAGAUGGACGUCUGGUAUAACUUGGAAAAAAGGACAGACAAAUCAGCUGUCUCAGGAGCUAUCAGACUGCAAAUCAGUGUGGAGAUCAAGGGGGAGGAGAAGGUAGCCCCGUAUCAUGUGCAGUAUACGUGUCUCCAUGAGAACCUUUUCCAUUACCUCACAGACAUUCAGGGCAGCGGUGGAGUCCAGAUCCCUGAGGCUCGAGGAGACGAUGCAUGGAAGGUGUACUUUGACGAGACUGCCCAAGAAAUUGUGGAUGAAUUUGCCAUGCGCUACGGCAUUGAAUCCAUAUAUCAGGCCAUGACGCACUUUGCGUGUUUGUCAUCCAAGUACAUGUGUCCUGGUGUGCCAGCAGUGAUGAGCACCUUACUGGCCAACAUCAAUGCCUACUAUGCCCACACAACCGCCUCCACCAAUGUCUCUGCUUCUGAUCGCUUCGCGGCCUCCAACUUUGGGAAAGAGAGAUUUGUGAAACUGCUUGACCAGCUGCACAACUCACUGAGGAUUGACCUCUCUACAUACAGGAAUAAUUUCCCUGCUGGGAGCCCUGAGCGGCUUCAGGACUUAAAGUCCACAGUGGAUUUGCUGACCAGCAUUACUUUCUUCAGAAUGAAGGUGCAAGAACUGCAGAGCCCUCCAAGAGCCAGCCAGGUGGUAAAGGAUUGUGUGAAGGCCUGUUUGAACUCCACAUAUGAGUAUAUCUUCAACAAUUGCCAUGACUUGUACAGUCGCCAGUAUCAGCUGAAGCAGGAGCUACCUCCAGAGGAACAAGGACCCAGCAUUCGGAACCUGGAUUUCUGGCCCAAACUCAUCACGCUCAUUGUGUCAAUCAUAGAGGAAGAUAAGAAUUCCUAUACACUCGUUCUGAACCAGUUUCCUCAGGAGUUGAAUGUGGGAAAAGUCAGCGCAGAAGUAAUGUGGCAGCUCUUUGCCCAAGACAUGAAAUACGCACUGGAGGAGCACGAGAAAGGCCGGCUGUGUAAGAGCGCUGACUACAUGAACCUGCACUUCAAGGUGAAGUGGCUCCACAAUGAAUAUGUGCAGGACCUGCUGGCCUUCCAGGGGCAGGUGCCUGAGUACCCAGCCUGGUUUGAACAGUUUGUCCUACAAUGGCUGGACGAGAAUGAGGAUGUGUCCCUGGAAUUCCUGCGUGGGGCCUUGGAACGAGAUAAGAAGGAUGGGUUCCAGCAGACAUCAGAGCAUGCGCUGUUUUCCUGCUCGGUGGUGGACGUCUUCACACAGCUCAACCAGAGCUUUGAGAUCAUCCGGAAGCUGGAAUGCCCAGACCCCAACAUCCUUGCCCACUACAUGAGGAGAUUUGCUAAGACCAUCGGGAAGGUGCUGAUGCAGUAUGCAGACAUCUUGUCAAAGAACUUCCCCGCUUAUUGCACAAAGGAGAAAAUGCCCUGUAUCCUGAUGAACAACAUGCAGCAACUGAGGGUCCAGCUGGAGAAAAUGUUUGAGGCCAUGGGAGGCAAGGAACUGGACCCUGAAGCUGCUGACAGUCUGAAAGAGCUGCAGGUGAAACUGAAUACAGUUCUGGAUGAGCUCAGCAUGGUGUUUGGAAACAGUUUCCAGGUGCGGAUUGAUGAGUGUGUUCGUCAAAUGGCCGACAUUCUGGGCCACGUGCGGGGCCCAGGGAAUGCAUCCCCCAACGCCAGGGCCUCGGUGGCUCAGGACGCAGAUAGUGUGCUCCGGCCUCUCAUGGACUUCCUGGAUGGCAACCUCACCCUCUUCGCCACUGUAUGUGAGAAGACAGUCCUGAAACGUGUACUGAAGGAGCUGUGGCGGGUGGUAAUGAACACACUGGAACGGAUGAUUGUUCUGCCCCCCCUCACUGACCAGACGGUAGGGCCACUUCCCUUCUACUUCCUCCUCCUGUCUCCUUUCCCUGGCUCCACGCUUCCUGACCGAGUUUGGAGUCCUCUACUUUUGACUGAUUCUCUCUCUGCCCAGGGCACACAACUGAUCUUCACUGCUGCCAAGGAGUUGAGCCAUCUUUCCAAACUCAAGGACCACAUGGUGCGAGAAGAAACACGGAAUCUGACUCCAAAGCAGUGUGCCGUCCUUGACCUCGCCCUGGACACCAUCAAGCAAUACUUUCAUGCAGGAGGCAACGGGCUGAAGAAAACCUUCCUGGAGAAGAGCCCCGAUCUGCAGUCCCUACGCUAUGCUCUGUCUCUGUACACACAGACCACAGACACGCUCAUCAAGACCUUUGUACGCUCACAGACUGCUCAGGGGUCUGGUGUGGAUGACCCUGUGGGAGAAGUCUCUAUUCAGGUGGACUUAUUUACUCAUCCUGGAACUGGGGAGCACAAGGUCACAGUGAAAGUUGUGGCUGCCAAUGACCUCAAGUGGCAGACAGCGGGUAUGUUCCGGCCCUUUGUGGAAGUGACCAUGGUUGGCCCACACCAAAGUGAUAAGAAGAGGAAGUUCACGACCAAGUCAAAAAGCAACAACUGGGCCCCCAAGUACAAUGAGACAUUUCAUUUCCUCCUGGGAAAUGAAGAGGGGCCGGAAGCCUAUGAGUUGCAAAUAUGUGUGAAGGACUACUGCUUUGCCCGGGAGGAUCGCGUUCUAGGGCUGGCUGUGAUGCCUCUGAGGGAUGUGGCAGCCAAGGGCAGCUGUGCCUGCUGGUGCCCCUUGGGCCGGAAGAUCCACAUGGAUGAGACAGGCAUGACCGUUCUUCGGAUUCUGUCUCAGAGGAGCAAUGAUGAAGUGGCUCGAGAGUUUGUGAAGCUCAAAUCGGAGUCUCGUUCCAUGGAAGAGGGGAGCUAAGCUCCUGUGCCAACCAGAUGGCACCAGUUCCACAAGUCAGGGCCAGUAGGAGUUACUAUGUAGCCAGCUUAGGGUCCUCAUUAUCAAGAGGCUGACUCCUUUAGUUAAGAAAAUUUAAGAAAAAAUUUGAGGUGGUAAGAAUUUGGCUUUUCACAGAAAGGGUCAUGAAUCCCUGACCAGCAGGUCUGUGGUGCUAGAUGCUGGGCUGUGGGAGUUACCACAUAGGGAGAUUUUCCAUAAAGAGAGAAGGACAGACAUUUCUGAGAGUGUCAGCCAUUCUUGGUAGACAUCCCUCCACCCCACACCCCACAUUUACCCCUCUCCAGACCACACCUUAUCCAGUUGGACCCAUAUGUACCAAUCAUUAGUAGAACAAGUUUAGAGGGCCAGGAGCUUGUGCUUGGCUAACUAAGCAGUCAGUUGAGCCUAUAGGUAUCACUGAGCCCUGGCGUUGGGAUUCGAGUCUGGCCAGGGCAGGAGCAUACAGAAUAGAAUUCAGACUGUCCCUUGAACAGAAUACGCUGGUUUUUUGUGGCUCCAGUGAGAACAAGGCUUUGAAACUGAACAAGAUACCUUCUAGAAAUGAGCUGUGCUAAUCCCCUCCCCCAGAUUACGAGUUAACCUGUGAUGAACAGAAGCAGUUUCACAUGGUGCUUCAGAGCCUUGAGCAGAAUAUUUUUUGGAACCCAAGCACCAGGGGUCACUUUCCCAGGAGUCCCCCUACCUCACUCCUGUAGGAAGGGGAGUGAUGCUUUAGGACAUGAGAAGCUGUUGUUAUAUGGAUGCACCUGAGGGCUAGUUGAAGGAUCUGUAUUUUCUUCUUGGGUAGGCCCCUGAACAAAGCCAAAAAUUUUGUAAAUCAGUUUAGAAAGAGUCCUCAAGUCCUCACCUAUGGCCACCGCCUUCUGGCUGCCCCUUCCCUUGUAGAAAGAAUCUAGCCUUUGACCUCACUCCCUUUUAUCUAGGUCAGCUGCUAGUCCCCUCAUAGAUGUUUAGCCCUACAGAAGGAGCUUAGACUAUGAUCCCUCCGUACAGGCUAGAUGGAGGGGACCCUCAACAUUCCCUGGUAGGUCAGAGACGGACUCUUUCAGGGGGUCAUGUGGACUUCCCAGGCCUUUGCUCAGAGAUGUGACAUGCUCCUGUAAUAUCCUUGGUAGCAGCCUCCUGGAUUUCCUUCCUGGACUUCCUGUGAACUCUGUGUUGUCCACAGCUGUACUAGCCAUUACAUGAAACAACAAACUAAGGAUCUUUGCUGUUGUUAAUUAUUGUAUGUGCCAUUGUUACAAAAGAUUAUUGCCUAAUCUGUAAUAAAUUAUCUUAUAGCAGUC